AUGCCCAUGGAUGACAUUGACCGCGAGCUGGUCGAGGCAGAGCGCGAUGCCUCGCCCGCUAAUUACCGACGCCGCACCAGCGACGAAAUCGAGCGCGUCCUCUCCGCCUCGUCCGUCUCGACAGCCUCGUCUACCGCCGCCGCCGGUGCCGGUAGAUCCGCCGUCCGGCGCCAGAUGAGCCGCGUCUCGACCAUCAACGACCUGGAGCGCCAUCCCACCGCCCUCAGCCGCAUUCAGACGGCUCGCGGCCAGCACGCCACCACCGUCGGCCUCGAACCGGGCAGCCGCACCGCUAGUCGCGCCUCGAGGAGGCCUCUGCCCGCCUUUGGCGCCGGCAAGCCCUACCCGCCGCCGCUGCCCGACCAGGAGGAGUACGUUGUCGAGUUUGACGGCCCCAACGACCCGCUGCAUGCGCAAAACUGGCCCUUGCGCAAGAAGCUCUUGACCUCGGCCAUGCUUGGGUACACUACAAUGACCUCGGCCUUCACGUCGUCAAUCUUUUCCGCCGGCACUCAGGUCGUCGCCAAGCAGUAUGGCGUCGGCUCCGAAGUUGGCCUCCUCGGCACCACAUUCUACGUCCUGGGCUUCGCCUUUGGCCCGACCAUUUGGGCCCCGCUGUCUGAGUUGCGCGGCCGCCGCCUCCCCAUUGUCAUUGCCAUGUUUGGCUUCACCCUCUUCUCUAUUGCCUGCGCCACCGGCGAGAACAUUCAGACUAUUCUCAUCUGCCGCUUCUUCAGUGGCUUGUUUGGUGCUUGCCCGCUUGCCGUCGUCGCUGCCGUCUUCUCCGACAUGUUUGAUAACAGAUCCAGAGGCAUCGCCAUCACCAUCUUCUCCAUGGCAGUCUUUACCGGUCCCAUGUUCGCGCCCUUUAUUGGUGGCUUCAUAGUAGAGUCUCACCUGGGUUGGCGCUGGACCGAGUAUCUCGCCUCCAUCAUGGGUGCCGUCGCCUUCAUCCUCGACCUGUUCUUCCUCGAGGAGACGUACGCACCCGUAGUGCUCAUCUCCAAGGCCUCUGAGCUGCGACGUCGCACCAAGAACUGGGGAAUUCACGCCAAGCAGGAGGAAAUUGAAGUAGACCUUAGGGAGCUCCUCUCCAAGAAUUUGUCCCGUCCACUGCGACUACUAUUUACCGAACCCAUCAUCCUGCUCCUCUCGAUUUAUAUGAGUUUCAUCUACGGCAUCCUCUACCUCUUCUUCUCUGCCUAUCCUCUCGUCUUUGUUGGCGUCCACGGCUUCAGCUCUGGCGUCGCUGGCUUGACCUUUUUCGGCAUGAUUAUCGGACAGCUGCUUGCCGGUGGUACAGUCAUUUUGCAGCAGCCUUGGUACAAUCGAAAGCUGGCAGCCAACAAUGGUCUCCCGAUCCCUGAAUGGCGACUGCCCAGCAUCAUGGCUGGUGGUAUUGCCUUUGCCAUUGGCAUCUUUUGGUUUGGCUGGACCGGUUACCGAAGCGAUAUCCACUGGAUCGCACCCACGCUUAGCGGUCUCUUAACCGGGUUCGGCCUCAUGUCGAUUUUCCUCCAGGCUCUCAACUAUCUUGUAGACGCCUACCUCAUGUUUGCCGCGUCCGCCAUUGCCGGCAACACCUUUCUGCGAUCUCUCUGCGGCGCUGGCUUCCCGCUAUUUGCACGUCAAAUGUUUCAGGGUCUCGGCAUUCAGUGGGCGGGCACGUUGCUCGGCUGUAUCGCUCUGCUGCUAGCCCCCAUUCCCUUUGUCUUUUACAAGUGGGGAGCCAGUAUUCGCGGUAGAAGCAAGAUUGCCCCGACGUUUUCUGCGCCGCCCGAUAUCCCUCACGAUGAGGAUACUGAGUCGAUGGGCGAAAAGGACGACGUCGUCACGGAUCCCGCCGUCUUGUCGGCAGCCCCAAGAAGCGAAAACGAACAAAAUGGCCAAACACAGCAAGACGUCCGCCUCCUCCACACCCUGCUGGAGGAGAUGGGCAGCGACGCUGCCAAGGCGGCGGACAUGGCAUGGAAGGGUGACCCCAAGUCCACCGACGACGAGGCGCAGCCAGUACAGCGCGGCUCUGUGGAGGGGGGGAAGAAGUUCUACCGAAACGAAGACGGUACACUGACUAUAUCUGGCCAUAAGACUGAGUUUUUACUGCCCAAGGGUCAAGCAGGGACAAAGAGAAAGUCACCAUAG